CACAUGCUAGCUACGGAACUGUGUCCAUCCAAAAAGCAAACUGACAUUCCUACGAUCAUUUCAGACCCUUUCGCUGACACCGGUGAAGACGAAGGACAACCCUCUGGGUAUAUUCAUAUUCGUAUACAACAAAGAAACGGCAGAAAAACUCUAACUACUGUACAAGGUAUUCCAGCUGAAUAUGAUCAGAGGAGACUGCUGAAAGCAUUCAAAAAAGAGUUUGCCUGUAAUGGCACACUCGUGCAAGAUGAAGAACUUGGUCAAGUAAUUCAACUUCAAGGAGACCAGCGACUCAAAGUCCAGGGUUUCCUGGCAUCAGAAGGAAUUGACAAAAAGAUAAUCAAACUCCAUGGUUUCUGA